AUGUUGGAUAAGAUGAAGGAUUUGGGGAACUCUUUGCUCGGGAACUUUGGGCUGAGUUUGGAUAACUUCAAGGCGGAGAAGGACGCGACGACGGGGAGUUACUCGAUUCACUUCGUCGACGAAAAGAAACGCUCGACGACUGGCGACGAGGACGACGAGGACGACGAGAACUGA